CCUUUCUCUGCAGAUCUGCAGGCUGCAGCAGGGACCGGAGACCCCCGCGGGGGCCCCUCGAAAACAUCGAGCUCUCUGGAGCCGGCAGCCUCCCUGUGGGAAGACGGUCAGUGGGAAGUCUUAGGGAACCGAGUUCGAGCUGAGCUACGAACCACCUCUGUGAGGAAAAGCAACCGCUUUACUUUCCACUCUGCUGCCUGAGACAACCACAUCCUGCUGACACACACCCCAGGCUCCCAUGGAGAGUUCAGACGCUGAGCUUGAUCUCCAGCGGAGUGUGCAGGCUGUGCUGCGGGAGCUGAGCGCCCAGGCCCCCGCCUUGCAGAGCAACCGAGGCAUGUGGCGGUGGUCCCUGCACAAGAAGGUAGAGCGAGAUCCGGGAAAGAGUCCAGCUCUGGUCCGCAUUCUGCUCAGAGAGCUGGAGAAGGCGGAAAGCGAGGACAUCCGGCAUGUCAUCAUUCCCUUGCUGCACACGCUAAUGUACGUGGUCACUAAGGCCACGGGCAUCACAGAGGAACUCUACCAGAGAACCUAUACCUUCUGCACAAGGUUGCUAACCCUGCCCGCCCCCUACUGCACGGUCGCCUUGGACUGCGCCGUAAGGCUGAAAACCGAGACCGCAGUCCCAGGGACACUGUACCAAAGGCUGGUCAUUGCCGAGCAGAACCUGACGAGUGAGCUGUAUCCCUACCAGGAGAGAGCCUUCCUCUUCGUGGACCCCGAGCUGGUGUCUCCGUCCGUGUGCAGCGCGCUGUUGCUGGAGCUCGAGGCUGCCCAGGAGCAGCAGACGCCGGAGGCCUGCAUGCGCCACGUGGUCUCGCACGCCCUGCGGGCCGGCCUGGGCGACGCCUGCCACGCCGGCGCCCUGCAGAGGACGCUGCAGGCCAGCCCUCGCCAGGCCCUGGAGCGCUAUUUCCACGCCGUGGUGGCAGCCGUGGAGCAGAUGGCCAGCGAGCCCAGCCCGAGCCGCGAGGGGCACCUGGAGAGGCUGGAGGAGAUUUACUGCUCGCUGCUGGGGCCGGCGGCGGCCGCCAGGGGGCGCUGCGGCGGUGACCCCCUGCAGGACCCGCAGCCGAGCAUCCCCCUGCCCAGCCCCCACAUCACCUUCCACCUGUGGACGGAUGAGGAGCAGCUCUGGAAGGAACUGGUGCUCUUCCUGCGCCCCAGGUCCCAGCUGUGCCUCAGCGCUGACCUGGAGGCCUUGGACCUGCAGGGCCUCUGGCCGGACCGGGAGUUGGCCCGGGUGUCCGUGCUGUCCACCGACAGCGGCAUCGAGCGGGACCUCGCCCCGGGGGCUGACGAGCUGCCCGUCCCCGGCAGCCCCGAGACGGAGCGCGCGGGGCUGCAGCGCAAAGGCGGCAUCAAGAAGCGGGUGCGGCUCCCGGACGUCCUGACGCCCGCGUGCUGGGACGGGCCCCCGGGUCUGCACCGCAGGACGGGCAGGCCCAGCGGGGAUGGCGAGCUGCUGCCCGGCGUGUCCCGGCUGCACACGGCCAGGGUGCUGGUGCUGGGCGACGACAGGAUGCUGGGGCGCCUGGCGCAGGCCUACCACAGCCUCAGGAAACGGGAGACCCAGAAGUUCUGCCUCACCCCCAGACUCAGUCUUCAGCUCUACUACAUCCCCGUGCUGGCGCCUGAGAAACUGGCGUCAUCAUGCAAACAUUCGGAGCUCAGAGAGCUGGCCACGUUCCUGGGCCGCGCAGACCCGUGGUAUGAGAGCACCGUCAAUACGCUGUGCCCGGCCAUCCACAAGCUGGCAGAGAUGCCCCUCUCCCUGGACACAUCCCGGACCGUGGACCCCUUCAUCCUGGAUGUCAUCACCUACUACCUUCGCAUGGGCACCCAACCCAUCUACUUCCAGAUCUACACCGUCAAGAUCUUCAGGGACCUGAGCCAACACCCUGCAGAGGACAUUUUUCUCACCGAGCUCAACGUGAAGAUUCAAGACCCCAAAGCCCCCAAAGAUGGCUGUUCACCCAGGAGGAGGGGCGGAGCCGAGGGCCCAGGGGCCGAGCUCAACAUUUGCUACCAGAAGGCCCUGCUCAGCCACCGGGCCCAAGAGGUCACCGUUUCCCUGCGGGCCACUGGGCUGGUCCUGAAGGCCCUCGCAGCCAGUGACACUGAAGGUUCUGGGCCCACCCACGCCCCGCCAUCUGCUGCUCCCGUUACAGACCACACGUGCCUGAACGUCAGCGUGACGGAGGUCAUCAAGUCCUCCAACUUGGCCGGAAGAUCCUUCUCUACAGUGACAAACACCUUCCGGACGGCCACCGUCCAGAUCCAGAGCCAGGACCACAGGCCCCUGACACUGCUGCUGGACAAAGACAGUCGCCGAACAUUCAAGGAUGUGGUCAGAUUCGAGGUUUCUCCCUGCCCGGAGCCGUCUUCCGGGCCCCACAAGUCCAAGACAUCGCGGCCCAAUUCACACGGGCAGGAGGUGGAAGGGACCAAAGUCAAGCCCAAGCCCCUUCUCAUGCCCAUCAACACGUUCUCCGGCAUUGUCCAGUGAGCCCGCAGGAGCAGCGGAAAGGCCAGUCCCGGAGCCCCGGCCUAAGAGUACGGAUACACUACCCCACAGGCCUCCGGACGCCCCCACCGGCAGCCGGAAUGAGGCCUGGCUGCCCUGGCUGGCCUCUGGCUGGGAGCAGGAGCCAGCGAGUGACCGGAGCACAGGGCGGUGGCUUGGCCGUGGCGGGUGAUGGAGCAGGGCCCAUCAAGGCUCGAGGAAGGUUCUGGCAAAGCUACACACACACAAGCAGGACCCAGCUCCGUGCACAAGUGUCCCUCAUUGAUCUUCAGUUCCCUCUUGUCCGGUGCAAGAUGCCCCCUCGGCCCUUAAAUCCCCCCAGUGAGAGCUGCUAUUUGGCCAGGGCCCUGGGGCCUGGUGGGGAGGGGGCGGGGGGUGGGAAGCAAGCAAAGACAAGUGCAGCUUCUCCCUCUCGAGUCUGUUCUUUUUCCUCCUUCCAGCCACCUCCCUGCCCUGCAUUCCCAGGCAGGUGUCCGCGUGGUUGAGAGGAAAUUGUCGGGUCCAAUAAACGCACACUAAAGUACUUCUGCUUUUAUCUACUACCUAG